CGUCCCGUUAAGGGCAACCUACGAGUCUGUCGGCAACCGUUGAUCGAGUCAAGUGUUCCCAGUAUUCGGCGGGGCGCGAAUUCGCUUCAGUUUUUUUUUCAAAUUUGGUAACAGUUUUGUAUAUUUGCUUCUGAAUUCGGUGAGGUGCAAGCCUGGAACAAAAGGACAUCCCAGUGAGAAGUGCGAGUGAUUUAUUGUGCGGCAAGAUCUGAAGCGCAACAACGAGUUAUUGAAGAUGCGGGUGCUAGUGCUUUUUCUAGUGCUAGCAACGUCCGGCUAUGCGGAGAUAACAACUCAUUUGGGACCCGACGGAUAUGAAUAUCCGCGACCAAAUGUCCCAUUCCCUCCUCCGGAUAAACCUUCUCCGCCGGGUAGUACUCCGAGACCGUGUCCAUACGGUGGAGUGCCACCGUACUGCUGUACCAAUGGUGGCCAAGGACCAAACUGUGCGGUUCCAACACAACCGCCGAGGCCAUCGUGUCCAGCGGGAGGAGUUCCACCAUAUUGUUGUACCAACGGUGGCCAAGGACCUAAUUGCACUCCACCAACUCCCAGUCCACCGCCACGUCCAUGCCCAUAUGGCGGAAUUCCACCAUAUUGUUGUACAAAUGGAGGAACGGGUCCGAACUGUGUGGUCUCUACUCCUGCCCCUCCUUCUCCCACAACUCCAAGGCCAUGUCCAUUCGGAGGAGUUCCACCAUAUUGUUGCACCAAUGGAGGCCAAGGACCAAACUGUGUAGUUCCAUCGAGACCCACUCCAGGACCUACAUCUCCAGCGGGAUGUCCGAACGGAGGCGUUCCUCCCUACUGCUGCACCAAUGGUGGAAGUGGCCCAAACUGCGCUGUACCCUCGAGACCUCCAGUCGGACCUGGAACUACUCCAAGGCCUUGUCCAGCAGGAGGAAUUCCUCCGUACUGUUGUACUAAUGGAGGACAAGGACCGAACUGCGUUGUUCCUAGUCGACCUACCCAGCCACCAACCAGACCACCGACGCAGCCACCAACCAGACCACCAUCAGGCAAUGAUAACGAAUAUCUUCCACCUUGCGAGAACGGUUCUCAAGGACCGAACUGUGUUUUGCCCAUAACACCGCCACCAUCAAGGCCACAAACUCGCCCACCAGGCUGUCCAGCCGGAGGUAUUCCACCAUACUGCUGUACCAAUGGAGGCCAAGGACCCAACUGCGUUGUGCCAACACAGCCACCACGACCCACAUCACCUACCAGUUGUCCCAACGGAGGUGUGCCACCAUUCUGCUGCACCAACGGAGGCCAAGGUCCAAACUGUAUUGGAUCGGGUCGACCACCCGCAGGCCCACCAACAACUCCAGCUCCCUGUCCUUUCGGCGGAGUUCCACCAUACUGUUGCACCAAUGGAGGCCAAGGACCGAACUGUGUAGUACCAUCGAGACCUACUCCAGGACCUACUUCUCCUGCUGGAUGUCCGAACGGUGGCGUACCCCCUUACUGCUGCACAAACGGUGGAACUGGCCCAAAUUGCGUGGUACCAACGCAACCUACACAACCACCGGGAACUUCCACUUGUCCUAAUGGUGGGGAGCCACCAUUCUGCUGUACCAACGGCGGCCAAGGUCCAAACUGUUUCGGAUCGGGUCGACCACCUGCAGGACCACCAACCACUCCAGCUCCCUGUCCAUUCGGAGGGGUUCCACCAUACUGCUGCACUAACGGAGGGCAAGGACCAAACUGUGUUGUUCCAACGAGACCACAGCCAUCGAGACCGACUCAGGGUAACGAAUAUCUUCCACCGUGUCCAAACGGCGGAGUGGGACCAAACUGCCAAACACAACCAACGUCACCAUCACGUCCACCUACUCGUCCACCCACUCCAUCUGGUUGUCCAAAUGGUGGUGUCCCACCAUAUUGUUGUACCAAUGGAGGACAAGGUCAAAACUGCAUCGUCCCAACUCGGCCAACACAACCACCUCGUCCAACCACACCAUCAUGUCCGUAUGGAGGAGUUCCACCAUAUUGUUGCACAAAUGGAGGCACCGGUCCAAAUUGUGUAGCUCCAACGCAACCCCCACGACCUACUACACCAGCUGGCUGUCCUAACGGUGGAGUUCCACCGUACUGUUGCACGAAUGGAGGCGCUGGGCCAAACUGUAUUGUACCAACGCAACCUCCACGACCAACUACACCAACUUGCCCAUACGGAGGAGUACCUCCAUACUGCUGCACAAAUGGAGGACAAGGACCUAACUGCAUUGUCCCAACUCAGCCAACACAGCCACCUCGUCCAACACAACCACCACGUCCAACCACACCAUCUUGUCCAUACGGAGGAGUUCCACCAUACUGUUGCACAAAUGGAGGCACCGGACCAAACUGUGUAGUUCCAACACAACCCCCACGACCUACCACACCAGCUGGAUGUCCCAAUGGCGGAGUUCCUCCAUAUUGUUGCACAAAUGGUGGACAAGGACCAAACUGCGUUGUGCCGACUCAACCUCCACGUCCAACUACACCAUCGUGUCCGUAUGGAGGAAUUCCACCAUACUGUUGUACUAACGGAGGACAAGGACCAAACUGCGUUGUCCCAACUCAACCUCCGCGUCCAACUACACCAGCUGGCUGUUCCAAUGGCGGAGUUCCCCCAUACUGUGUUGCUCCUACUCAACCUUCACGACCAACUACACCAGCUGGCUGUCCCAACGGCGGAGUUCCGCCAUACUGUUGCACGAAUGGAGGUUCUGGACCAAACUGCGUUGUUCCUACACAACCUCCACGACCAACUACACCGUCAUGUCCGUAUGGAGGAGUUCCACCAUACUGUUGUACCAACGGAGGUCAAGGACCCAACUGCGUUGUUCCAACGCAACCUCCACGGCCAAGUGGCUGUCCCAGUGGCGGGGUUCCACCAUACUGUUGCACAAAUGGAGGUACCGGACCAAACUGCGUUGUACCGACUCAACCUCCACGUCCAACCACUCCACCCUGUCCGUACGGAGGAGUUCCACCGUAUUGUUGCACGAAUGGAGGUCAAGGACCGAGCUGCAUUGUUCCAACGCAACCACCACGACCAACACCGCCAUCCGGAUGUCCAAAUGGAGGAGUGCCUCCUUACUGUUGCACAAAUGGUGGACAGGGGCCGAACUGUGUUGUUCCUGGACCUGGACCCACUAGACCAACACUACCACCCACACGCCCGACAUCGGACUCAGGAUAUUUACCACCUUGCACCAACGGCGGAUUUGGACAAAAUUGUGUAAGACCAACGCAACCUACAUCACCACCUCGACCACCUCCAACACAACCACAAGCAUGCCCUGGUGGUGGUGUACCACCAUACUGCUGCACAAAUGGCGGCCAAGGACCAAACUGUGUUGUGCCAGUCAGGCCAACACCGUCUCCAAGCCCUCGACCGACGCAACCGACCUGCCCAUACGGAGGCGUUCCCCCGUAUUGUUGCACAAAUGGAGGCCAAGGUCCCGCAUGUGAGCUCCCCAGUCGACCUACCUCUCCUCCAGUAACUCGACCACCCCCAACCCAACCUUCGAGAUGUCCUGCAGGUGGCGUACCACCAUACUGCUGCACCAAUGGUGGUCAGGGACCCAAUUGUGUCGUUCCCAGCAGACCAACGUCUCCGCCAGCUACCCGACCUCCACAGCAAAGCUGUCCAGCGGGAGGUGUACCUCCGUAUUGCUGCACCAACGGUGGACAGGGACCUAACUGUGAACUGCCACCAUCACAUACGCUCGACCAGGAUGGUUACCACUACAAGCUGCCCAGCAAACCAUUCAAUUUUUAAAUAAUGAGGAACGCUAUUUAUUUCAUGUCAUUACUUUUAACUGUAGUUGAAUGGAGCAAACAGGUGAAAACAUACCCGAAUAGCAACUAAAGCCAAACGGCUCUCGGAUGCGCAUAAACUAUCCUCGAAUGCGCUCUCAAAAAAUACUCGAAUCUUCUGAAUGUUGGCGAUUUUUACCAAUCAGGAUAUUAAAUUAAGAGAGUUCAAAAUUUGAUAGGAUAUUUCUUAUGGUAAGCGAUGGAUACAGAAGAAUGAAAAUAAAUAAAUGAAAAAUGAUAA